AUGGAGAAGAGAGUGAACCUGGGCCCUUCAGCCCACUCAGAGCGCCCAACUGCGGGGAACCGGGGCCUUUCAGCCCACUCAGAGCACCCAGCUGCGGGGAACGUGGGCCCUUCAGCCCACUCAGAGCGCCCAACUGCGGUGAACCUGGGCCCUUCAGCCCACUCAGAGCGCCCAGCUUCGGGGAACGUGGGCCCUUCAGCCCACUCAGAGCGCCCAGCUGCGGGGAACGUGGGCCCUUCAGCCCACUCAGAGCGCCCAGCUGCGGGGAACCGGGGCCCUUCAGCCCACUCAGAGCGCCCACCUGCGGGGAACCUGGGCCCUUCAGCCCACUCAGAGCGCCCAACUGCGGGGAACGUGGGCCCUGCAGCCCACUCAGAGCGCCCAGCUGCGGGGAACCGGGGCCCUUCAGCCCACUCAGAGCACCCAGCUGCGGGGAACGUGGGCCCUGCAGCCCACUCAGAGCGCCCAACUGCGGGGAACGUGGGCCCUGCAGCCCACUCAGAGCGCCCAGCUGCGGGGAACGUGGGCCCUUCAGCCCACUCAGAGCGCCCAACUGAGGGGAAUCUGGGCCCUGCAGCCCACUCAGAGCGCCCACCUGCGGGGAACCUGGGCCCUUCAGCCCACUCAGAGCGCCCAACUGCGGUGAACAUGGGCCCUUCAGCCCACUCAGAGCGCCCAACUGCGGUGAACAUGGGCCCUUCAGCCCACUCAAAGCGCCCAACUGAGGGGAAUCUGGGCCCUGCAGCCCACUCAGAGCGCCCACCUGCGGGGAACCUGGGCCCUUCAGCCCACUCAGAGCGCCCACGUCGAGCGGCCAGAGAAGCUUCUCCGGGCGGCACUCGGGCUCGGUCUCCGGGUCACGCCGCCCCCACCCCGCCCGCACCAGGGAAGAGGGUCUGCGUCCACCUCAGAAUCGGGGAUCCCGGGGUGGUGGAGGGGCGUGUGAACCCCCGCCCGCCCCGCCAGGCCCAUCCCGCUCACCCCGCCCCGCCCCGCCCAUCCCGCUCGCCGCGACCCGGCGAACGCGCCAGACCCUCCGACCAGGCUCUGGCCCGCCCCGGCCCUGUCGGUCAGCGGCCGCGAGAGCCAAUCCGCUCGCACGGGAGGCCCAGCGGCAGUCACGUGGCCACAGCAGCCAAUCACAAAAUAGCCCUCGGCCGCCAGCUCCCAAGUCCCUGGGGGCUCAGCUGCUACAGUGCAGAGAGGGUGUGA